GCCCGCGACUCCUGAAGACCCACAACCUGUCUCACAAUCUGUCAUGGUUGUGAAAAGUUGAGAGAAUGUCUGCACAGUGUCUAAUGGUGUCUGGUACACAGUGUGCACUCAAAUGGUAACCAGUUUAGUUGCGAUAGUUGGUCUACCCCUUCAGGUGUUAACCUCUGCAGCUCCAUUUCCUUUCUAGACCCUAUUUCUGGGCCAUCGCCUCCCACCAAUUAGGUAGGAAAAUAUUGUUUGCCUCUAUCUGGCCCAAGGCUAUGUUCCUGGAGUUUAUGUGAGAACCUAACCCCUUUCUCAGCUCCAACUGUAACCCUCUCCCCACCUCCAACACACACAUACACGUGCUACCACACUGCCUACAGUGCCAUCACCCUGCCUGAAGUUCACCUCAUUUUAGGAUUGGACGGGCCUUCAUAAUUUAAAUUUUAUUAUGAAAAAGUGAUAGGCUAAGGAACUCAUUUAAUUUUUUGUCUAAAUGUCAAAUAUAGAGUAGAAAGCUCAAAUAUCUGUUAUAGAAAUACUUGAGAGUCCUGUAUGCACUGUUAUCCACAACCAUUUAAACACUUAUCCACAAAUCCCUAGUAAGGACUCCUAAUAAGUACAUUUCUAAACCAGUUAUUCAAGCUACAUCCUCCCAGGAUUGGACUUUGUUUCUACUUUGGUAGGGGCAUAAAUAAACAGAAACAACUGACCUAACUUUUUACUAAAGAAAAGAGAUAAUAAAGGGAAUAAAAUUAAAAUUACAUUUGGAUUUUAACUUGUGUUUUUAUUCCUACUGCCAGCAAAAAUAUCUAAAGUGCUUUUAUUAUCAUUAUAAAUGAAUAUACUAUUCGUUGUGCAGAUUUUGACGUGUUCAUAAAUAAGUACCCAAUGUUUGUUUGAUAAAGAAUGUGAUAAAAUGUUAACAUUUGGGAAAUCUGGGUGAAGAAUAUACAGGAAUUAUUUGUAUGUAAUAUCUGUUAAUCUAAAAUUAUUUAAAAGAAAAAGUUAAACUGUCUCAUUCCUGAACAAUUAUAAAUUAUUCAACCCAAAACUGAAGGGGCCUGCCCCUCCACUCAUGUGGGUAUUUCUUGUCAGGUGGGACAAGAGACUGAGAAAAGAAAUAAGACACAGAGACAAAGUAUAGAGAAAGAACAGUGGGCCCAGGGGACCGGCACCGGCACUGGUCUCCGAGUUCCCUCACUAUUUAUUGAUUACUAUUUUCACUGUCUCGGAAAGGGGAGUAUGACAGGACAACAGGGUGAUGGUGGGGAGAAGGUCAGCAGGAAAACGUGAGUAAAGGAAUCUGCGUCAUAAAUACGUUCAAGGGAAGGUACCGUGCCUGGACGUGUACAUAGGCUGGAUUUAUGUUUCUCUUUACCCAGACAUCUAAGUGUAGCAAAGAGUAACAGAGCAGUAUUGCUGCCAGCAUAUCUCCUCUCCAGCCACAGCAUGGUUUUCUCCUGUAUCAGAAUAGAAUGAAUAGGCGGCUUUACACGGAGACAUUCCGUUCCCAGGGAUAUGCAGGAAACAGAGGCCUUCCUCUUAUCUCAACAGCAAAGAGGCCUUCCUCUUUUACUAAUCCUCCUCAGCACAGAUCCUUUAUGGGUGUGGGGCUGGGGGACGGUUAGGUCUUUCCCUUCCCACGAGGCCAUAUCUCAGGCUGUCUCAGUGGGGGGAAACCUUGGACAAUACCCAGGCUUUCUCGGGUAGAGGUCCCUGCAGCUUUCCGUGGUGCAUCAUGUCCCUGGUUAAUAGAGAAUGGAGAAUGGCGAUGACUUUUACCAGGCAUACUGUCUGCAAAUAUAUUGUUAACAAGGCACAUCCUGCACAGCCCUAAAUCCCUUAAACCUUGAUUCAAUACAGCACAUGUUUCUGUGAUCACAGGGUUGGGACUAAAGUUACAGAUUAACAGCAUCUCAAAUCAGAACAAUUUUUCUUUGUACAGAUCAAAAUGGAGUUCCUUUUGUCUUCCUUUUCCGCAUAGACACAGUGACAGUCUGAUCUCUCUUUUCCUCACACAAAACUCUGUUUAAAAUAAUUUAAGUAUGAUUAUGUAAGAUUUGGGGGCCGGGCGUGGUGGCUCACGCCUGUAAUCCUAGCACUUUGGGAGUCCGAGGCAAGUGGAUUUGCUUGAGCUCAGGAGUUUGAGACCAGCCUGGGCAACAUGGUGAAACCCCGUUUCUACUAAAAUACAAAAAAUUAGCCGGGCGUGAUGGCACACGCCUGUAAUCCCAGCCACUAGGGAGACUGAGACAGGAGAAUCACUUGAACCUGGGAGGUGGAAGUUGCAGUGAGCCAAGAUGGUGCCAUAGUGCACUCCAGCCUGGGUGACAGCGAGACUCCAUCUCAAAAAAAAAAAAAAAAGAUUUGGGACGCUUUAUAAACAGUUAUAUAUAUUUGGGAGAUUAGAUUACAUAUAUUAAAUCAAGAACAAUAAAAGCUGGUAUUUGAUAAAGUACUGAAGUAAAUGUAACAUCCUAAAGGUAUGUAAUAGAAUGGUUAUAGAGGAUAUGUUGUUGAAAAGUACCGGAACUAGAAACCCAGUUUCUAAACAACCUACGACUCUUUGGAAAAUUAGAAAAAAAAAUUUAGAAGAAUAUUUCAGAUGACUGAAGAUCGCCUUUCCACUUGCUAAAUAGGCAUAUUAAGGGCAGAGGCCACUCAGAUUAAUGAAGUGUUCUAUUAACAAUUUUAAUGAAAACUCCUGCAGUACUCUUAGAAACACCCUUAAGAGUCUUGUCUGUGUUCCCUGUUGUGAUUGGCCUGGAGUAGGAUACCUGUCUACCUCAUAUUACUUGUAUUUUUCCCUGCCUUCAUUUUAUCUCCCUCUGGUUGCACACUUCAUCACUGAACACUUAAGGUUCAUUUCCAAAACAGAAGCAGUUCAUACUUGGUGCACUGUGGACUCUUGUGAUAAUUAACCAAGAGUAACUCUAUUUGUCCAACCUCACACCUAAAGAAGAAAGAAAAUGACUUGUGCUGAGUUUUCUUUUCAUGUACCAAGUCUAGAAGAGCUUGCUGGAGUUAUGCAGAAGGGGUUAAAAGAUAACUUUGCUGAUGUCCAGGUCUCUGUAGUUGAUUGCCCUGAUUUGACUAAGGAACCCUUUACCUUUCCUGUAAAAGGCAUCUGUGGGAAAACUAGAAUUGCAGAAGUAGGAGGUGUGCCUUACUUAUUGCCUCUUGUAAACCAAAAAAAAGUUUAUGAUCUGAAUAAAAUUGCAAAAGAAAUCAAGCUGCCUGGAGCUUUUAUUCUUGGAGCAGGAGCAGGUCCAUUUCAGACUCUCGGGUUCAAUUCUGAGUUUAUGCCAGUUAUUCAGACAGAAAGUGAACACAAGCCUCCUGUGAAUGGUAGUUACUUUGCCCAUGUAAACCCUGCAGAUGGAGGGUGCCUCCUGGAGAAAUACAGUGAGAAACAUCAUGAUUUUGAGUGUGCAUUACUGGCUAAUCUUUUCGCCAGUGAGGGCCAACCUGGCAAGGUAAUUGAGGUGAAAGCCAAAAGAAGAACUGGACCACUUAACUUUGUGACUUGUAUGAGACAGACCCUGGAAAAACAUUAUGGAAAUAAGCCUGUAGGAAUGGGAGGUACUUUCAUAAUUCAGAAGGGAAAAGUGAAGUCUCACAUUAUGCCUGCAGAAUUUUCUUCCUGCCCCUUGAACUCUGAUGAAGAGGUGAAUAAAUGGUUGCAUUUUUAUGAGAUGAAGGCUCCUUUGGUUUGUCUACCAGUUUUUGUCUCCAGAGACCCAGGGUUUGAUUUGCGACUGGAGCACACUCAUUUUUUCAGUCAUCAUGGAGAAGGUGGACACUACCAUUAUGACACUACUCCAGAUACAGUGGAAUAUCUUGGGUACUUCUUACCUGCAGAGUUUCUCUAUCGCAUUGAUCAACCAAAAGAGUCUCAUUCAAUUGGGCGAGAUUAAAUCAGCUGAUACUUAUUUAGAAAAAGAAAUCAUUAAGGUUAAUUAAUUGAUUGACUCAUUAAUUGAUACUGACAUAAAACCAAUGGAAAUGAUCCCACGGGCCAGGCACAAUGGCUCAUGCCUAUAAUCCCAGCACUUUGGGAGGCUGAGGCAGGAGGCACACUGGAGCCCAGGAGUUUGAGACCAGCUUGGGCAACAUAGCAAGACCCUGUCUGUUUUUUUAAAAAAGUAAAAAAUAGAAGUGAUCUCACUACUUAAACCCCAUUCUUUUUCACUUCAUAUGAAAGGAUAUAUUGAUAUUAUAUUCUAUAUUAUUUAAUAGAUCUGUCUGAAAGAGAUUAGGAACAAAAAUAUCUAAUUGAGAUAUUCUUUAAUUUUUUACAUAGCAACUUUAUUUUUUUUAAUUCUAUAGUAUCAGCAAAAUCAGUCAUGUUUAUACCUUGAAUAUAAACAUUAGGAAUCAUGCAAUUAUUUCUGCUAUGUAUUUAGUAGUACCUUAUAUUUGUAUAACAUUAUUACAUUUUGCAAAUUAGUAUCACAGCUGCUAAGUAGAUGUUUCUGAGUAUUAGAAAAAUCAGUGUUAUUACCUGCAGGACAUUGAAAAACACUUGAAAAAGAUAAAAAGAAAAAUCAGUGUUUAGAAAUGUUGAUAGUUAUUGAAUCUUUGUAUUGAAUUUUAAAAAUCCAUUCUAGUAAUCAGAGUAUACCUUUUUCUUGGAACAAGGUGGCAGGUGGGGAGCCCUUUACCCUUCUGAUGAAGUUAAACCAUAGAAGUUUGCAAUUUGCCUUUCACAAACAUUAGCAGGCCGGGCCUGGUGGCUGAAGCCUGUGAUCCCAGCAUGUUGGGAGGCCGAGUGGGAGGAUUGUCUGAGCCUGGGAGUUUAAGACCAGCCUGGGCACAAUGGUGAGACCCCAUCUCUAUUAUUUAAAAUUUUUUUCUUUAAUAAAAAAUAAAAACACAAACAUUAGCAACUAGUUGGCUAGCCAUAAUUCCUCCCUUGUUUCGAUUGCCAGUUAGAAGCAAUUUUUAUUUCACUAGUUAUUUGCAAGAGAAGGGGUAAAAAAAACAGCAUCAAAGUGCAACAUUGAAGUGAGCUUACUUUAAUUUGUAAGUGAGGCUAUUGCUGAACAUGACCACUAUCCUUGCUGAAAUAUAAAAUUAUACUCACUGAUUGUAAUGGUUGAAAUUUUCCUGAAUGUUCUUUGAAUAAUCAUUAGCCAAAGAUCAACUCUCUAAUGGUGCUAAUGACAAUCUUGCUAAUGUACAAAUUUAGGAAGUCUUUAGUACUAAGUACAUAAUUUUCAAAUAAUAUUUUUUAAUUGUCUACUCUGGAUGUUAGCUAUGUCUUGUGAGUAUAAAUUCCUAUUAUUUUAAGCACUAUUUUGAUGCAAAAAAAAUGAAUAAAAAAUUUAAUGUAUGAUAUAUUAUGUUUCUAGUAUCUUACCUCCAGACAAAAACAAUAUUAAUACUCUUUCAUUUAACAAAUAUGUAUUGAACACCUACCCUGCUCUCUGGAGUGUACACUUCAUACAGGCAAGGGCCUUGUUCACAACUAUAGCACUAGUACCUUUAACAGUGCUAGCAAAGUAGCCACUCGAAUGAUUAUACCAAACACUUUACUAAAGCUGGAGAUCUGUCUAGUGCAGAAGACAAACAAUAAAUAUGUAAUAUGUCAGGUGGUAUUAAGUGCUAUGAAAAGAAAUAAAGCAGUAGGUGAACUGUAAA